AUGGAUGCCAAUCUGGGGUCUCUCGACCGAGUCUAUGAAGCCCUGGCCGCCUCCCGGUGGUGGCAGAGGUUAUGGAACCAAGCGACGGAGAUGGUGCGGGGGUACGGGCGCCAGUCGGGCGCGUCGGCCGUGCCACUGCGCAAUGUGCUGCCGCGCACUUACGACGCCGUCAACGAGCUCCUCUUCGCGCUCUCAGAGCGCCAUCCGCUCUCCAUCCGGCCAGGCAAACAGGACUGGCUCGUCGACGGGAGUGCCAACGUGCGGAUACCACACACAGGGCUUUCGACUCGUGAUGCCUAUCGUGUGCUGCUAGAGGAAUGGGGAGCGCGCCAGCGGGGCUCGCUUUUUUCUAGGAGCAACAACAUCGCCAUUCGAUUGCUAUAUUUUUCAAGCCCCCUGUACGAGAACCGUGCCGACCUGGAGCCACUUGCCGCGCGUGCCCCGCCCGGUGACACAAGUGCUCCAUUCUCAGCUGUGGGCGCGGCCGUGUGCGCGCGCGUGGAGGCACGCAUGGAACGUGCAAAGCGACUGCGCAUCAAGACGCGGCGGGAGAGAGUGUAG